GGCGGCAUCGCUGCCGCAGCUCGGGUCCUUCCCAGCGCUGCCCUGCUAGCCCAGCCCUCCUGCCCCCGGCCCUGGCGCUUCGGCCCGCUUCCCCUCGCCCUGCGGCGGCCUCGGGGCGGGAGGGCCCUCGCUGGGCCCGGCAGCAGCAUGGAGGGCCCGAGGCGCGGCCGUGCGAGUGCGGCCCGGCCCGGGGCAGCCCUGCCGCGAUUUUGACUUUCCCCGUAUUUCCACUCCGUCCUCCCCCCAGCCCUGGCUGCUCCUGGGCUGCUGCAGCGCUGUUUCCCCUUGGAAGAUGGGGGGGAUGCUCCGGCUGUGGGCCGCGCCGGGCUCUAUGUCACUCUGGUUGCGCUUCACUGCCGAGGGAGUGGUUUUAGAAAUAACGCGUGAAUGUUGCCUGCAGAAAAAGGGGAAAGAAACGAGGCCGGGAGGAAGAGAACCCCCUCACCUGCUGAGCGGGGCGGCUGCAGUCUGGGAUUAACAAACCAUGAAGGAAGAAUAAGGGAAUCCUGAAGCAGCAGCAGACUGUUUGCUCCUGGACUUUGUCCAAGGGGACUGUUUGCACAUCAGUGCUCUGUCUUACCAGUGGGAAACCAUGGAAGGGAAGGAGACGUCACCAAGUCAUACCUCAGAGAGCAGCAUAUUGGACCUCCCCUCUGUUUGUGACCUAGCAGAGCACUUUCUGCCUCCACACAGCUCUGAAAACAGCAAGGAGCUUUAUCCUUCUGGAGAUGUUUUUCCCUCUCCACCCACAGGAGAGAGCAAUCCAUCAUCUGCAGCUCCUGCGGGCUGCUCUGCUGAAGGCUCUGAGGAAGCAAACGUGAGAUGUUACCCAAAAGCAGGGCUGUGUGAGCCCUCUGAACCUAAUGAUGCUGUGCUCUCAUGGGGGUAUGAAUGUGAUGGUGCAGAAGAUCCCAGCAUCAGGGACUCUCUGGAUGGCUUCUACAAAAUGUAUUGCAGAAAGCAGCCAGAGAGAAAGGAUCCAACCUACGAGGCUGCCUCACAGUGUCUGUCACAGAAGAUUUCUGAGCUGGAACAAAAGGGUGGAACAAAAUAUGUGUCACGUUGCCUGCAAAUGGCACAGUUGGUCUUGAACAGAGAUGGAUGUAAGAUCUUUCCAAACCACCCCCCUUCUGCUUGUUUUUCCAAGCCAGCUGAAGGAGAGGUCUUGUUGGAAAACAGGAGGACACCUGGACUCUCAGAUGACAUCCUGCAGUUCCUCUUGAAGCAAACACAGGCAGAACAUAGCCCUGAUGGGUCACACUAAAAGUGAGCAAGACACUGGUUUGUUUCUGUCAUUGAAGCUUUGCUUUCACUCCACAAAGAGGUGACUUCCUUAGAAACACAUUGUUCUCCAAGCACCACCUUAAGACUCUCCAUGGAGGGGUUCACCCACACCAGACCUUGCACCUUGCUCUGAAGGGCAGAACUGCAUAAGAAUCAUCCAUAACUCCUUGGGAUGUGUUGACUGAUUGGGAGAGGUCAUGCAGUGUUUGUUGCUGGGACUUCAAACAUGAUCAUUUAUACCUACCAGGCUUUUAAAUUGGCCUGCAUCCUUACCACAAGUUAACAAUGGUCCAGCCCAAAUUCAGCCCCUGGGUGGGCAUGGCUGUCCAAGUGCUGUUGGCUGUAAUAGACUGUUUGAAUGACCUUGGCAUGGUGUGUCCCAGCCCUACAGAGGGAAAGUUAAGAUUUCAUUGUGUACAUUUGCCUCCACAGGGUGCCUGUUGGCUCUGUGUUUUUAGAUAUAUAACCCCACAGUUCAUGAUUGCAAUGCCAGGUGGGUUUUUCUGACAGAAAAAAGUGUGUGUGUAUAUGAGAAAGAGAAAAUACAGCUCUGAGCAUGUUCUCUGACAGUGCUUCUGUCCUGUUUGCCUCCCCACCAUCGCCCCCCAAGAACCUUCAGUUCCUUUCUGACUUUCAUGAUGGUGCUAAUGAGAUCCCUGGGGGAAUGUUCCCUUUAAAAUGAAACGGAUCUCUCUGAGCCCAAAGAGGCUGAUGUCAGUCAGCAACAAAGCAGUGAACCCACACACAGCCACUUAAGGCUUCUCUCUCUCGGAAGCCUCCCGGCUUGGUGGCUUCUUUGUUGCUUUACUGCCUCAGCCAGGCAGAUAAAUGUCUUUGUGCAUGUUUUCCACCCACUGAUCUCUCCACUGAAAGAGCAGUUUGGUGUAGUGAUGUUGUUUGCUGACAGGGGAGGCUGUUCUCCAGCGUGGGUGUGAGCAAGGAAGCACAGAAUGCUAGAGGAAGGGAUGUGUUCAAAAUGACAGCAGAUGGGCAGAGGAGAAAGAGAGAAAGGGUGGUUGGGGUCUCAAAGGUGAACAUCACUGUGGUUACUCCAGUGCAACCACAGUGGUCGCACUAGUUUUGGUAUUUGAUAUCCAGUGUUUACCAGCUCAGCUGCUGAGACCCCUCAUCCACUCCACACUGGCCUGAUCUCAGAGUGAGUGUUUAUGUUCCUGCAUGUCACAUUCCCUGCUGCAGUCCCACAUGGGGCUGCUAUUCCUGCCUUAUGCCCCUGGCAGAUUGGCACAGCCGCUGUGCUCUGCAGGUGUUUCCAGCAAAGGCAAUGGAAAUUUGGCUGCUGCCUUCAGUCAGAGCAGGAGGAGGCCCAGCUGGCUGCAAGUUAUGGCCAAAGUCUUAGGACUUAGUGUAAUCUCUCUUUGCAAAUAGAUUUAUAUUGGAAGAGGUUUAGUUUCCUGUCCUUGAGUCAUCGUGGAACCAAUACAUUUGGCUUUGUGGUGGUCCUUCUCAGUGUGUUGCUUGCUUGCUUUUAUAGCAGAGGUCUUGUGCAUGUGUUGGAGGGCACACAGAAUAUUGGAGCAGACCCUCAGCUGUUCCCCCAGCAUUACUCGAGUUAAGGGUGCUAGGGGGGAAACAGGAGUUGAGGAUGCAGCAUCAUUUCUGUAGUAGCAAACAAACCCACAGGUGCUUGUGUAUCAAAAUCCAGAUGAAAGCAUCCUGCUGGCAAAACUAUAGAGAAUGGUAUUAGAGAUGCAGAUACAGCUGGAAAAAGCAAACAUGUUCCUGAAUGUGCUGUCAGUAAUUACAGUAACAUCACUGGCCCCUCUGCCAGCUCACAGUGCUUAACCCCCGUGGAUCUCUCACAGCCAUAGGGGCAUUGGUAUUGACAGAUGUUGGGAGAUACUGCUAAGGAUGUACAGGGAAGGAAUGUCUUCAGUGUGAAUCAGAUAUUGUUGCUUUUAAUUUUUGCCAGCAUCUGUGCUGUUCCACACAGUUAAAUUAGUUGCUGUGCAAAACCUCUUAACUGCCAUUUUAAGGGAAAUAGACUCCCAUGAAGAAAGAGAUGGAGAAAUCAGAGGUCUGCAUCUGAAUCCCUUUAGUUGCUGUAUUUGGUUUGUUGAUGAAUUGGUCAGUGCUUUAGGUGCUCUAAAACCAUCUGGUCUCCUAUUCAGACUUUUAAAAAAUUAUUUUAGGGGGAAAAAAGGGCCAAAGAUGUGCAAUUUCCACAAAGAAAGCUUGCAGAGCAGUAGGAAGUUCCUGCUCUUUCUCGUGCUGCUACUGAUGUUUGAGACAUCCCUACUGGGUUUUGAUGGAAAAGAAGCUUGAAAUGACAAAACAGAGAAAAGGUGGCUGCUGAAAGAGCAUGAAGAGAGAUACUAGCAGAGGAAAGUGUCAAACUGUUCAAUUUUAAGGACCAACGUAGGCAGAACAGGCUGGAUGCAGCUGAAAAAUUUGGAUUAUGACUCAUAUCUACAAAUCUUGGCUGGCAUCUUGCAGAGGACACGGUAAUGUCUGUGCUGCUGAAACAUGCAGUCUUUUGAGAAGUUUGCACCCCUCAGAAUCAGGAGAGCUGCAGCUCCUUCUGUGUACUGCUCACUUCCAGUGGAUCAUGGAUGUGUCUAUCCUUGGCUUCCUCAAGGUAAAAACACAGUCUUUUUUGCAUGGCAAGUACAAGAGUAGUAUGAAGCCAUACAGAAAUAUCCCAUGUUCUGUCCAUUUCCCCCCAGCCUGUGCAAUAAUCCAAGACUGAGUUUAUUCCUGAGAGUUGCUUUCCUCUCUCCCUGGCUUGCACUUGGCUUAGUUUUGACACUUCUGUGGUUUCAACUCACCCAAUCUCCCCAAUUUGUUGGCCUCCCCAGCACUGGUGGUUCUUACCUCUGCUUGCAAAGCCAGUUGCUGUCACCUCUCUUCAUCCCCCUGUGUCUGGAGGCUGCUUUAGCAAAGGCAUUUUGGGGCUUGCACUGCAGAACAAACCCAAGGGGGUUUUUCCCUUUUGUUUGUUCAAGGCUCACAGCUGAGGAGCAGCUCUUUGAGCCUAACUUAGGACAGCACCUGAAAAUCUACACCACCUUUCAGGGCUCAGAGUUCCCACAAGAUCCUCAAGCAAAGUGUGCAAGUGAAGUAGAAGAUGGGGAAUCAGUCCCGUAGGGCCAAAAUUGAUCUCCCAUUGCCAAGCAGGAGGAACACAGGACGUGAUGAGGACUUGACAUGGCCCAGGGGUUUCCCUGCUGCACAGCCCAGAUCCAAAUCCCACCCAAGGUCUGUUAGAGGUGUGUGUGCUUUGGGUGGGGUGUUCUGCAUCCCGAGUGCCUCAGAGGAGUGGCUGUACUGCUGCAGGCACUGAGCCCUGCCCUUGCACACAGCCACUGGAGUGGCCUCUAGGCUCAGCCUAGGACUAGGUCUGGCAGGAUGAGAGUGCUGCCUGUAUUCCCUUGCAUAAAUGCCUGAUCCAAGCUCUUCUGUCAUCCCUGCCGAAUCCUGCUGCUGUUAAGUCAUUCCUUCGGCUGGAGCUGCUCCAGGACGUUUGGUAUCCAUAGCCCCUCUGCUCCUUACUCUGACAGCGUUUUUAUUUUCCCUCCCACACUGCUGCUGGUGGGAGGUGCUGAUUCAUGCCAGCGACCUACCCAGUCCUGGAGCCCAGAGGCAGCCAGGGAGAGCUGAGCUACUGCCACAGGUACCUGAGCAGACCUCAGUGAAGUGAAUGGGGCUGUUUACAUCAGCAGGGGAUUUUCCCCCAGGAGUUUAAGGUGCUUUGGUAUGCCUGGAUAUAUCAGGACAUAUGGUUGUUAAAACUGGUAUAUGACAGGCAAUAUAAAUGAGGCCAUUUCAUUUCUGAGCAUUGGUGAUUUUCUGUGGGGCAUAUGUUUUCCCACAACACAGAAGUUCAUUUUAAAAAUACCCUGUUCUGUAGGCUUUCCCUAAUGACUGUUUUCCCCCUCACAUUGAUUAGGCAAUAACAUAUGCCAGCAUUUCUUCCUUAAAAGUAAAAUCUGGCACAUAGCACACAGAGUAUGAAAUAAUAAGAUGUGAUUAAAGCAGUAGCUGGAGCUAACCAAAGCCAGAAAACUUGUGGCUGAAAGGUCAAACCUUUUUUUAAAUUGCCUUUGCAAUGGCCUGUUUGUUUGAGAUGUUGGGACUUGGGAGGGAAAGUCUUGUAAUGAAAGAGCAACCAUCAUAGAAAAUUUCACCUUCAGUUUAAACCAAACUAACUUUCACUUGCAUUGAGAUGUAGGUUCUUGUAAUGGGAAAUGUCAGUCAGCCUUAGGGCAGGUAUCCCUCUCCAGUGUUAUCUGCAUUGCUGUGAGAUGAGCCAGGAAUGGUGCUAAAACCAGCACCUCCCGGCCAGAGAAGCUGGAUGAUUCUGUAAUUAAGGAUAUUGAGGUGGAAUUGCUGUGCCCUGCAACACAUUUCCAGUGUGACUUCCACCAGUUAGUUUUUUCUAAGUUGCCAGCAGCUUGUUUGGGGUAUCUGAGAGCUUCAGAGAAAGAGUGAAAGGGCAGGGCAUUUACACCCACGUCCCUAACAGCACUUCCCUGCAAAACCUUGCAAUUAGAGGUUCAAACAAUAACAGAGAUUUUGCAUCUGUGGUCCAGGCCCCCCUGUUUAAGAAGCGGCUCAGCACAUGUUCUGUGAGGCCAGCUUGGUUUUGAUCCUUGUUUUUGCAUCUUCUCAGGUCUGACGGAUCCCUGAGACAAGCUGAGCAGCACAUGAUGAACGUGUGAGAGCAGCAAGUCCCGUGGCUGGGUUCUGUCUCUGUGAGUGUUAAUGCUACCUGCCUGGUGUUCAAGAAGAGACUGCUUGCAUGUGAAUUACUAGGAAAAAAAUAUUCUUCUGGGAUGAGGAGACAGACUGCUAUUUUGAGGGCUGGGGGAGUCUUUCCAAAAGCGGCAGUGAAUUAGGCUGAAAAUGCAGUGGACAAGUGUCAGACUGUCUCCUGUGCCACUUCCUCCUGUUCCCAUUCCCACGGGGUGCCUCUGCAGCUGAUUUUUCCCAAAGCUAGGACAUGACAUGCUGCAGGCUCAGUGUGCCUCACCUAAGUGCUGGCAAAGCCAUCCACUGUGGCUUGCUCCUUCUCAUUUCCAGGGGAGCAGAGUCCUCUUUCAGGGUCUCUUUUCCUGCUUUUCCUGUUUGGAUCACCUUCCCAUCAUCAGAAUUACUAGACAAAUUUACACAGAUGGAGCAUCUUCCUGGUAUUUUCCUUUCCUAAGACUGCCUUUAAGGUUAAGCCUUUUAAGCUUUUUUGAUAAAUAUGCAGCAUUUCACACAAAGGGCCUAAAAGUCCUAAAAUUGGGGUAUGCAAAAGAAAAAAGGAUAUUCUAAGGGGAACAGAUGCUAGCACAAUAUCCUCGUGCAUUUUGUAGGUUUUGCUCUCUCUUUCCUAGGCUUUUUUGCAAUUCGGUUUUGUUCUUUGUGCCAGUGGUGAUUCAAAAAAAGGUGAUGGAAAAUUUCUCAGGCGAUUCCUUUUGCUGUGUGAAUAUUACUGUCAUAAAAUAGCACUGUGUUUUCAGUCUGCAAUUAUGUGCAAGGGCAUAAUUAGAUGUUUUUUUCAGUACAUACAUUGUUCAGUAAUAAAAAGUUUAUU